AUGGGUAACGCAGGUGGCGGAGCAGGAGGCCAAAUGGGAGGCGGAUUCGGAUUCGGAGGGAAUGCAGGAGCAGGAGCUGGUGGACAAGGAGGUGGAAAAGGCGGAGCAGGAGCAGGAGGUGGAGCCAACGCCGGAAUGAACUUUGGAAUGAAUGCCGGAGCUGGUGGAGGAGCAGGUAGUGGAGGAGAAGGAGGUGGCAACGGAGGAGCAGGAGCUGGAGCAGGUGGUAACGUUGGAAUGGGAUUCGGAUUUGGAGGGAAUGCUGGAGCAGGUGCUGGUGGAGGAGGAGGAGCAGAAGGUGAAGGAGGAGCAGGGGCAGGAGCAGAUGCUGGAGGAAAUGCAGGAGGUGAAGCGGAGGCAGAAGCAGCAGAAGAAGCGGAGCAAGAGACAGAAGCAGAAAGAAAAUAA